AAACGGCUAACAUUUUUUUCCAGCUAGCGGUGUAAAGGGGCCACUUUAUCAAUGGUCCUAAUUCGGUUUAAUGUUUAAAUACUUGUCUUCUCGUAACCCCGGACAGAGCAGCGACCUUUGAAAGGACUCACGACGGGCUCGCGGGUGUCGGUCACAUACUUGUAGGGGGGCUACCAGAGAGAGAAGUUGAAUGGAUCCGAGGGUAGCUUGGAUUCAGCCCGAACAGAAAGGACCUGCGAACGCCUUAUGGAUGCACGUCUGGGAGACCUCUCAGGGAGUACGGACCCUCUCCGCUCAGCACCAGCUCCACAACCAGAACCACAACCAGUGCGUCAGCUACGCCGCGUUGGAUGUUUUAAAAAAUGUGGCGACCGCGGUGGCAUCGAGCAAGAGCGCUUGCAGCAGCAGCAACGGGAACGUUACUGGCAGCCUGAGCAACGGCAGCAGCCAUCACAGCAUCAUGAACGGCACUACGAGUAUUAACGGCACUGCGAUGCCCUCGCUGGGGAUAGCGCUGUCCAACGGGAACGUACACGGCUCCUUCACCGCGACAAACGCCGUCGAGCCAGGUGAGAGGAAAACCCUGCCCCAGAAGACGGGAUCCGUCUCCUCGUCGUCCUCGCAGGAAUCCGGGACGGACUGCCCCCCUUCCAGCUGCUCACUAGAGAGGACUAUGGGUGGAAAUAUAACGGGCAACGUUAAUAAAAACGUCGGGGGUGCCAAUCUGCUCUUCAGCGUGAGCGACAGCAUGGACAAUAAUGUCAACCUUUACCACCACCAUCACCGUCACCUACAGGAGCACCCGGCGUUCAAUUUACAGCAGAUAUGCGCGAAACGCCACCAGCUUCACCCCUCUGUACCUGUAAACCACACACACAACCACCACCCGGGCCGGAGGAAAAGUGACAACAAAGCAAGCACUUAUGGGAUGAAUUACUUGCUUUCAAACUGCACUAAUGGCAAUUAUUCGAGCACUUGGACGCCCUGGAAGGCGAGGAAGUACAAUCCUGGGGUCCUCGGACUCCACGAGGAGGUGAUGGACUUCUACAACUUCAUGUCUCCUCGGCCGGAGGAAGCAGCUAUGAGGAAGGAGGUGGUGAACCGGAUAGAGAUGAUCAUCAAGGAGCUGUGGCCCACUGCAGAUGUCCAGAUAUUUGGCAGCUUCAGCACAGGGCUGUACCUUCCAACUAGUGACAUUGACCUGGUGGUGUUUGGGAAGUGGGAGCGCCCCCCGCUGCAAGAGCUGGAACAAGCCCUUCGCAAGCAUAACGUUGCAGAACCUUUUUCCAUCAAAGUGCUGGACAAAGCUACAGUGCCAAUCAUCAAGCUGACAGACCAGGAGACGGAGGUGAAGGUGGACAUCAGUUUCAACGUGGAGACUGGCGUCAAGGCGGCAAGCUUCAUUAAAGAUUAUGUUAAGAUGUAUCCAGUGCUGCCUUACCUGAUCUUUGUGCUGAAGCAGUUUCUGCUGCAGAGAGAUCUGAACGAAGUCUUCACUGGGGGGAUCAGCUCGUACAGCCUCAUCCUCAUGGUCAUCAGCUUCCUACAGCUCCAUCCUCGCAUCGAUGCCAGAAACCCCAACGAGAACUUGGGCGUGUUGCUGAUCGAGUUCUUUGAGUUGUACGGCCGCCAUUUCAACUACUUGAAAACAGGGAUUCGCAUCAAAAAUGGAGGCGCGUACAUAGCCAAAGAGGAGAUCAUGAAGGCCAUGACAAACGGAUACAGACCAUCCAUGCUCUGCAUAGAGGACCCGCUGCUUCCAGGUAACGACGUGGGGAGGGGUUCCUAUGGUGCCAUGCACGUCAAGCAGGUGUUUGACUACGCCUACACUGUCCUGAGUCACGCCGUGUCCCCGCUGGCUCGGUCGUAUCCCAACAAAGACUCUGAAAGCACCUUGGGCAGGAUAAUCAGGUUGACCCAGGAAGUGAUCGACUACAGGGAAUGGAUCAUUAAGAAGUGGGGGGGCAGGGAUCUGACACGGACAGACAACAGAGUUUCACCUCCCAAGGAGCCGUUGUCAGAGCAGGAGCCCUGUGUGCUCGGUGGUGGUGUCGGGUUGGAGGAGCAGCAGAGGGACUCAGUGUCUCCCCACAGUGCAGACUCCCCCAUGUCAAUCUCCAGCCCUCAGCAGCACUCCUCAGCCUCCUCUGUCUCCUCGCUGUCUGGAUCAGACAACAACGGAGCCAAGUUCAGCGGGAAGGGCUUCCACACCACGCCGCUGGUCAACAACCCUAACGGAGCCAAGUUCAGCGGGAAGGGCUUCCACACCACGCCGCUGGUCAACAACCCUAACCCCCGGCUUGUGGUUGGUCCUGAAGGAGGACGGACGGACGGAUGGAUGGACAGACGGACGGACGGAGGACCAGAGACCAGCAGUAUUCACUCUGGAACAACAGCCCUCAGCUCUGCAUCUUCCUUCUGCUAUCUCUACCUUUCCAUUUCUGCAUGA